GUGACCGAAACAAGGACGGGCCCUCUUGGAUGCAGUAACUAUGACAACCUGGACUCAGUCAGCUCUGUUCUGGUUCAAAGCCCUGAAAACAAGAUUCAUCUGCAAGGUCGGCCAUCCAGAAUUGAACACACCCAGACAUUCUGAUGGAAUUGUCACGGUUUCUAUUUUCUGCCAAGCAUUAUACAAGAGGCACCAGAGUGUCAGAAGGAAUUUAGCUUCAAUCCGUCUUUCAGUGUGGCAUUGGAAACCAAACCACUGGAUUCCUAAGCGAAUCACAGGGAUUUGUAGACAUGUAUGAACAAGCCAGUGGAAAUUAAUCUAUAAAGUGACUAGAAACUACCUCCUCUUCUGUCCUAUAGUCAUUUACAGUAGAAAUGCUAUAGGCUAUAUUUACUACAGUAUUUGAGAGUCUAGUUUAUAUUAUUACAGUAAUUUGUCUUGUAGUUUACCAAGUAUUGUCAUAUACUGUAUAAAAAGUACCAUAUCCUCUGUUCUGCCAGGUCUCCAGACCAUCCUACCAGCGUACCUGAGGGCUAGGUUCGUCCAGGCGGCUCUGAACUACAUCGGCUGUAAUGAGGAGGGUCAGUUUGUGUGCCGGGACAAUGACUGUUGGUGCCGCUGCAGCCCAGGCUUCCCCCAGUGUAACUGCCCCAACGUGGACCUGAGGGCCAUGGAGGCCAGCCUAGUGCACAUCAGGGACACCUGGAACAUGGCUAACCAGGACUUUGAGGAGUCAGGUAGGGAGCAUGAGAUUGACGAUACACUCACCGAGUAUAGAAAGAGUUUGUAACAUUAAAGAUACUUGCACACAGAGCCAAGUACUGUAGGUAGACGACAGAACAUUACACAACACAGAGAUCAAUGUGACGUCUGCUGUCUGCCUUUGACAGAAGAUAUGGGUUCACGUCUACACUGAGUGUUUAAAACAUUAGAAACACCUUCAUAAUAUUGAGUUGCCCUCAGAACAGCUUCAAUUCAUCGGGGCAUGUACUCUACAAGGUGUCAAAAGCAUUCCACAGGGAUGCUGGCCCAUGUUGACUCCAAUGCUUUCCCAAGUGGCGCAGCGGUCUAAGGCACUGCAUCUCAGUGCUUGAGGCGUCACUACACACCCCCUGGUUCGAUUCUAGGCUGUAUCACAACCGGAUGUGAUUGGGAGUCCCAUAGGGCAGCGCACAAUUGGCCCAGUGUCGUCCGGGUUUGGCCGUCAUUGUAAAUAAGAAUUUCUUCUACUAGUUAAAUAAAGGUUAAAUAAAAAAUGAAAUAAAAGUUGGCUGGAUGUCCUUUGGGUGGUGGCCCAUUCUUGAUACACACAGGAAACUGUUGAGCGUGAAAAACCCAGCAGCGUUGCAGUUCUUGACAAACUCAAACUACCAUUCCCUGUUCAAAGGCAUUUCAAACUUUUGUCUUGGCCAUUCACCCUCUGAAUGACACAAAUACACAAUCCAUAUCUCAGUUGUCUCAAGGCUUAAAAAUCCUUCUUUAACCUGUCUCCUCCCCUUCAUCUACACUGGUUGAAGUGGAUUUAAAAAGUAACAUCAAUAUGGGAUCAUAGCUUUCAUCUGGAUUCACCUGGUCAGUCUACGUCAUUGAAAGAGCAGGUGUUCCUAAUGUUUUAUACACUCAGUAUAUACUUUAAGGAUUAAUUAUGCAAAUUAAAUGUCAGGUCAAUAUUGAUAAGUCUAAAGUGUCUGCUUUGUGUCAGUAAACACAUUUAAUUAAUAUGGCCCAUAUGAGGGACUUUAUUAGACUACAUUUUCAUUUGAUAAAUUAUAGAUUAUAUAACUAAUCAGGAUUGACUUGAUUUAGUUACACAUUUCAAAUAUGGAGAGCAUAGGGAUAUUUCACCCCCGGUCUUGAUAAGAAAUUACUAUACUUUUUAAAGACACAUUGUAAUCAACGGAUUAAAUAAAUUAGAGGCUGCACCAAUAUGAGUUUCCAUUCAUACAACAUGUAGGGUAAAUUACCACAGUAGAUUUGCCUUGGUAAAUGAGAAAAUGAUUUAUGUAUUCUGAAAGUUAUUUAUCUUGAAAACUUGAUUGCUGACAAGAAAAACAUUUUGGGACUAGAUCAACAAUGGACUAAUGAAACAAAUACCAAAAGAUAGUUUUUGGGUGGAGUUUUCCUUUAAAGAGCAGUAAAUCAUUGGUCAAUUUGGAUGCAAUUGAGAUCAGCAGUGCAGGUCUAGGAGCAACAAAGGUUCAGCCGCGAAGUGGUAGGCCACACAAGCUUACAGAACGGGACCGCCGAGUGCUGAAGUGUGUAGCGCGUAAAAAUCGCCUGUCCUCGGUUGCAACACUCACUACAGAGUUCCAAACUGCCUCUGGAAGCAACGUCAGCACAAUAACUGUUUGUCAGGAGCUUCAUGAAAUGGGUUUCCAUGGCUGAGCAGCCACACACAAGCCUAAGAUCACCAUGCGCAAUGCCAAGCGUCGGCUGGAGUGGUGGUGUAAAGCUCGCCGCCAUAGGACUCUGGAGCAGUGGAAAACGUGUUCUCUAUAGUGAUGAAUCAUGCUUCACCAUCUGGCAGUCCGAUGGACGAAUCUGGGUUUGGCGGAUGCCAGGAGAACGUUACCUGCCCAAAUGUAUAGUGCCAACUGUAAAGUUUGGUGGAGGAAGAAUAAUGGUCUGGGGCUGUUUUUCAUGGUUCGGGCUAGGCCCCUUAGUUCCAGUGAAGGGAAAUCUUAACACUACAGCAUACAAUUACAUUUUAGACGAUUCUGUGCUUCCAACUUUGUGGCAACAGUUUGGGGAACACCCUUUCUUGUUUCAGCAUGACAAUGCCCCCAUGCACAAAGCGAGAUCCAUACAGAAAUGUUUGUCGAGAUCGGUGUGGAAGAACUUGACUGGCCUUCACAGAGCCAUGACCUCAACCCCAUCGAACCCCUUUGGGAUGACUUGGAAUGCCGACUGCGAGCCAGGCCUAAUCAUCCAACAUCAGUGCCCUACCUCACUAAUGCUCUUGUGGCUGAAUGGAAGCAAGUCCCCAUAGCAAUGUUCCAAUAUCUAGAGGAAAGCCUUCCCAGAUGAGUGGAAGCUGCAGCAACUCCAUUUUAAUGCCCAUGAUUUUGGAAUGAGAUAUUCGACGAGCAGGUGUCCACAUACCUUUGGUCAUGUAGUGUAUUACACAAUGGCUAAUCUAAGAACGAAUGCCUAUUGUAAUCAGAUAUAAAUCAGCACCACUGUUAAUUGUAAAUAUCACAGUCACUUUCUCAUUACAGAUUAGGUUGGAUUGAUUCUAUGGCUAUUGAUAGCUCUGAAAAUAUUUUGGUUAAUUCCUGUUAUGCCCCCUUUCACUCAUUAAACCGGAUGCCCUGAAGCAAGGUAACAUUUAAUUUUUUUUGCCCUGUUUGGCUGUUUGGCCUCUACACACAGAGAUGAGCUUGCUCUGCUAGGAGCUGGCUGGGUUCUUGGCGUUUCAUACACAGACCCACAUUUAGUUCAGUCUCUCUCCAUUAACAUAUGCGUCACACAGUAUCACUUCCAGUUUCCCCCACGGUGGCCCGGCAAACCAGGUCCCAUGUGCCAUCUCCCUAAAGUGAUCCGUUUGACUAUGAGCCAAAAUGAACAGAAUCAUAUAAAUAAAGAACUAAGCGGAGCAGAAUUGCGAUGGCGCAUUAAACCUUUUCACACCUGUCUGCCUUUCAGAGGAGUUCCAGAACUUUGUACGGAGACUCCCGACGUUCUACGCCCUCAACACAUCUGCCAUCCAGUACUUCUGGAAAAUGGAGCCUGCCGUCCAUCAGCGCUACAGACAGCUAGAGCUCAGCAGCAGACAGCUUAUCGCCAAAUCCAGACGGAUCGUCAACAAACUCUUCACCCUCAGCAAGAGGUGCCGGACACAGCUGACAGUCAUUGUGUUGAGAAAG